AUGUUCCGCCGUGCUGUCCUCGUUGCUACCCGCGCAUCUGCUGCCUCCACGACACGCAGCUUCGCCACUUCUCGGCUGCGUACAUCCAUUAAAAAUAAGCAGCCGAGCGCCAUCGUGCUUGCCGCCGCUGGUGUCGCGGCCGUGAGUGGCUUGGCUCUCACCGACAUGGUGAAUGCGCGUGAAAAGACUGUGGACCUAAACGCCAUUAAAAAAGAAAUUAUCGACAUCUUUGAUGACGACAACUCCAUGGGUCCUACUUUAGUGCGUCUCGCGUGGCACUCGAGUGGCACGUACUCGGCCAAAGAUAACAGCGGAGGAUCUACGGGAGGGACUAUUCGUUUUGAACCGGAGAUAAAUCAUGGUGGUAAUGCAGGUCUGCAUCUCGCUAUUCGGGCUUUGGAAAAGGUAAAAAAAAACCAUCCUGAGAUCACGUACGCCGACUUGUAUAUUCUAGCAGGCGUGACCAUGAUUGAAGAGAUGGGAGGUCCAGAGAUCCCGUUUCGCGUUGGCCGACCUGAUGCUAAUAGUGGCAACGAGCCUACUCAGACGCCCGAUGACCGACUUCCUAACGCUGAUAUGGGAAGCAAGGAAAAAACUGCGCAGCACGUACGCGACGUGUUCUAUCGCAUGGGUUUUGAUGACCGCGAUAUUGUGGCGCUUGUGGGUGCGCAUGCCAUUGGACGCUGUUACCCCUCGCGCAGUGGCUACAGCGGCCCAUGGACCAAUGCCGAGUGGACGUUCUCGAACAUGUAUUUCCGUGAGUUACUCGAGAAUAAGUGGACCGUAAAAAAGUGGAAUGGUCCCAUGCAGUAUGAGGAUCCAACUGGUAACCUCAUGAUGCUACCGAGUGACAUGGUGCUGAUUGAGGACCCAAACUUUAAAAAGUACGUCGAACUAUAUGCAAAAAACGAGGAUUUGUGGUUUAAGGACUUUUCAAAAGCUUUUGUUAAGCUCACGGAAAACGGCGUCAAGUUUCCUCAAACUUCGGGAUGGCGUCGAUUUUUUGGUGGCAAUUAA